AUGGUAGCUGCAGCAACUAGAGGCGAUCGAUCAAGGUUCUACAAUGCUUUAGCGAGAGCUGCCAAACAUAAUGAAACGUAUAGGAUAACUUCUACACAUAUAGAACCUUUCUCACCUGAGAAUUCCACAAGUGGAUCAGUACCUCCUGAAUCCGCGGCAAGAAGUACAACGACCGCGUCUCGUAGAUUUCAGGACAGCUUGACUUAUCAUGACGAUACAAGCAAGAAUAAAGUCGAGGCGAAUGACAACGAUGAUCACCAUUAUGACGAUGAUGAUGAUGAUGGAUGGGGUUCUGUUCCUUCUGGACUCCAGAAUCAAAAUCGAACAAAUGCAUCAAAAGCGAACGAAGCGAUCAUAGCGCGCCAAGUGGCAAAUGAACCUAUUCAAGAUUCUAAAAUAUCAUUGUCAAGAAGAAACAACCCUCCUGUUCCUGACGGAACAUCAGAGAGAAAGGAAGAAGAAGAAAAAAGGGCGAAAGGGACACGAACACCUUCACCCCACGACAAAGUUCAAUCUUGGGUAUCAUCUUCCACCCGAACGAUCAAUACCAUAACACCUACAAAGCCUCCUAAGGUCCUUCACCCAGAUCCAUAUCGUCAGAGCUUUUCUCAGCCAACUUCAAAACAAAGGAGCUUUGAUCAUUUUUCAAUACAAGUCGAGGACAACUCGGACUCACCAACUCGAGGAGCAUCAAAGCAAAAACCGAGUAAAGAAGAUAAGAUGAGCUAUUUGGUCGAUGAACCUGGUUCUUACGCCAGAAAAUAUAUGGAUACUAAUCAAACUAACCAGAACCCUCUUACUGAUUUUGGAAGACCCACUUAUACUCACUCUAAUCUCAAUGCGGAAGGUAGACAACGUCUUUCACCUCAUAUCAGCUCGAGAAUCGGUAUUCCAUCUAACCUUCCUUCCAGUAAUCCUUUCUCUGCUACGAAUAUCCGUGAAUACAGAAAUGGCGAAGACGGAGAGUCGAUAAAUAGAGCUCGAGGUCAUAAUGUUACUGAUAUACUUGAAAAAGAAAGACAAAAUCAUCUUCAGAGAAUCACCGAGUUACAGAAGCUUAUCGAAGAGAAGAACGACUAUGAUUCUUAUCAAUACCGACCUAACAAUACCAAUACCGAGGGCAACGAAACCAGAAUUCUGCGACAAGAGAAUACAUCUCUUCGAUUAUCUCUGCAAACAUCGAAUGAUAUAAUCAAGUCAGCUGAAUCAAGACUCGCUGAAAUGGAAUCAAGACCUUCUCAACAUCCUUCUUCCUCCUUAGAACUUCACGAAGCUAAAUCUGAGAUUGAUCAAUUACAAAUUGAAAACAGAAGAUUACAUGAAUCUAUCUUAAGUAUUGAUAAAGAAUUAGAGGAUGAAAGAAGUAAAAGAGUCAAAGCAGAUUACGAAGCUGAAGGAAGUAAAAAAUCUCAAAGUAUAACAGCUAAAUCUUUAACCUCGUUCCAGAAUCGUGUUAAAGAAUUGGAGGAAAAAUUGAGGAUCGUAGAAGAGAAAGAACGAGUUGAGAGAGAACGAAGGGAUGUUAACGAGAAAAGAAUACAGACUUUGGAAACUGCUAAAGCUCAGCUGGAGCGAGAAUACGAAGCGGUAAAUAUGAGAAAGCAGAAUGCUUAUAGAGAAAAGGAAACUGCUAUCUCGAAAUACAAAGCUACAGAAAACCAGAACACGAAACUAUCCGACAAGCUGAAUUUGACAAGGAAGGAAAUUCAAGGUCUUCAAGCUAGAGUUGAAGAACUCAUGGAAGAAUUGGCACAGGCUAAUGAAAGCUCCAAAACCGAUAAAAGCGAUGUCAUUGAUCGAAAGAGACUCAAGGAAGACCUGCAUAGAGAGAGGGAAACGUCAGAUAGACUUCGAUCAGAAAGAAAUGCUCUUCGUCACCAAAUCUCCACUCUCAAAUUACAUAUUCGGUCUAAGCUUAGCGAACCCUCUGAAAUACAUGAGCCGACUCCUUCGGAGAUACACAAACCGCGUUUCUCACUUGAUUCACCUGUAAAACUCGAAUACUAUAGUGACAAGAAAGAUACAGUGGUAGAGGUUGCACCAUCCGAAAGACCUGACUAUUACAAUCAUAUGAAAGAUAAAGAUUUCGAAGUCAUUGAGGACAAAACCGGGAAAUACGCUCCUCAAAGAAUUACAAUGGAGGAUGUUGAAGGUGAAGAAACUCCAAAACGAAGUAUCACGUCUAAGCCUAUCGAAAAACCCAGCUCGUUGAAAUGGACUUAUUCAGAAGCUAUGAGAUCACUCCAACCUCCAAAGAUGACUUGGCAAUCUCAACCUUUACAACCUAGUAAACUCGAUACGCCAUUCAAAGAAGGCAUCUCCCUUCUUCAUCCAGAACUGAAAGUCGAUAAUGCCCCUGCUGUCAUAUUAUCAGUGGCUGACGAACAGAGACCAAGAUGGCCUGAUGGCUAUAGCGAUAUAGAAGGACCCAAGAAUCCUUUCAAGAUCAAAAUGGACAAAGAUGAAUUAUCGUCACUCAGUAAAGAUGAAAUCAAAGUAAAAGAAGAUCCAUUUGCCGACCUCGAUCCACUCGAAUGUUCAUUUUCACCCAAAUCCCCCAAAAUCAAGACAAAGGUGACGAUGCAAAGUCCCUCGAUCAAUGAGAGGACUCUGAGACAAGGUUUGAUGGAUCUCUUAGGUUCUCCUCAGAGUAUUUUAUGA